CGAACGCUUAAACUACUGGUGUUGGUGUCCAACAUCAACCAAUCCAUGAAUUUUCGCGGCCCCUAGGCGGUCCUGGGUUGCAAUCUCGUGAGAGGGAUCGUGGAUGGGCACUGCUGAGGAGUCUCACAAUAGAACGAAACGGCCAUCUAGUGCCUCCAGGUUUCUAACGGUGGUCUAACAUCAAUCGGUUCAUGAUCUCAAUCAAAAACUAUUUGAAUCACUCUAUAUGGACAAAACGACCUUGACCAAUGUUUUACUUUCUCAGUCCUAAGCGGUUGUCCAAUCGGGCUCUCAUUCUUGUUGUUCGUCCACAUAGUGUGUUUUCAAAAUGACUAAAAAUACAGGCAAAAAUACGUCAUAUAUUCAACAACCUGGCAAUGGAAACCCAAUUCACUUACAUAUACCUGGCGAUACACCGAUCCAUCUUCAUGUCAAUAAAAAAACACAGGUGUCUCGUAUGCCUGGUUCGACAACUCCAAAAACACCUGAUACCAGUCAGUACCAAGCACCAUGGGUCCCACCACCAGGAAAAACAAGUUCAGGGCGGUACGUAUACGACCCGACACGUUGCGUAAGAAUGAAGUCUAAUGAAAGGAAACCCCGAUCACGUUCUGUGGAAUCUAUUAGUGAUGUACAUAAGGAUUUUAUACAGUUAAAUGGUAUGGAAUCUGACAAAGAGCCACAGGAUCAGUAUUCUAAACAAUUUAGUCCCCAUGAUAAUAUUUCGAUGCAAGAGCAACCAUAUAGUUCUGUGAAGCAUAAGGAAACAAUUAAGCCUACCUAUAUCGCAGGAAAGAACAAGGAUUUUGAAGGCAGACUAAAUGAUGGAUCAUUGUUGACAAAUGUGGUUUUAGAUGAAUGGAUUAAAGACUUGGAUACUGCGACUAAUCAUAUUGCGAAAUCAGCAAGAAAUAUAGUGGAUUGUCUAGAACAGGUUGCAUAUGAAGGAAGACGUGUUGACUCACAUGAUAUGUCACGUAUUGUUCAACCAAGGGAUGAGUUACUAUUACAUGCUGAAGUCGCUGGGUGUGCAGGACGAGAGUUAUGUCGCUGGGCUUCAAGUAUUCAACAACAACAACAAGAUCAAAUUUUAAAUAACCGCUUAGCUCAGACACAAAACCGUGAAGCCACUUUAACCUCUGAAGUUCGACGUUUGACAGAAAAACUGGGCCGAAUGGAAGUUGAUUUGGAACUGGCUCGUAAACAAUUGGAUGAACAACAAAAUGAAAGCUUAAAAUUCAAUACAGUACAUGAAUCCAUGGAGUCUGUUAAAAAUCACUUGCAACGUCAACUACGUCAACGUGAAUCAGAAUGCAGCCGUUUGUCUGUCCAAGUACGUAAUUUGGAAACUCGUCUAGCAGAACAGCAAGCACAGAAUCAAGCUCGUCUGGAAACAGCUGAAGUCAGUUUAGAACGUAUGCGAGAAACAAAAGAAGCAUUGAAACGAGCUGCUAAGUCACAGAAACGUCGUGCAGAUGAAGCUGAAGAAGCAUAUCGUGAAAUUUCUCACAAGCUUGCUACUCAAGAGUCUAUUAUAGCUGGUUUUCAGACGGAAUUGGAAAACUGUGCUCUUAGAUCUAGAGGUCGUAGCAAGGAGCGUCAGUUAAAUGAUGUAGGCAUUAUGCAUGAUGGUGGAAUAGUAGAUUCAAAUAAAUCUAUGUAUGCAAAUGGUGAUAAGAGUUUAAGAGAGGAAAAUCUCCGAUUACGUGAAGUAGCUUCGAAAUGCGAACAACGUUUACAUGCAGCUGAAGAAGAACUACAGCAUCUGCGUACUAGUUUGUCCACUUGUGAAGCUUUACUAAAUGAUUAUCACGGAGAUGCUGCAAUGCAGGCUAGUCGACUACAUACGUUGAAUGAACGAUUAAAAAAAACAGAAUCUGACAGAGAGCGUAGUCAGAUUCAGUUGGAUGAUGUAGAACAAAGAUUGCUUGAAGCAGAACACCGUAAUCGUAUUCUAGAGGAUGCGUUACAAUCAAAGGAAUCCCAGAAAGGCGAUUAUGUGGCUAGCACUCCGGUCAAUACAAAACAAUCAUCGAAAUUAGGAGAAUGCGACCAACAAUUGCAUUUGGACCGUGAGGAUUAUUCUGGUCAGAACAGUCAACUGAAUGGAAGUGCUAAUAUAGGCAUAUCAAAAGAUCAAAAUAUAACAGGCACAACAAAUAAUGAAUUAAUUCAAGAACUAAGAAGAGAAUUAUGUGAAGCUCAGAACGAAAAAAAACAAAUAGAAAAUCGUACUGAAAUACGUUUAAAUGAUUUGAGAGCUCAAUUGAAUCAAGCUGAUGCAACGAACCGAAGUUUACAGGCAUAUUUAACAUUUUUAAAGCGUUCUUAUGCUAGUGUAUUCCAACCAGACAUGUUAAUAAAUCCUUCAUUAAUCAGUCCUUGUCAACCUAUUGCAUGUUCGUUAACAACUCAAUUGACUACCAAUAAUACAAUAUCAAAAAGUACACAUCGUGAAUGUGUAUAACCCCUAAGACUAUAUGUAUACAAACACACAAAACAGUAUUUGGAAAACGUGCUUCCUCAAUAAACAUCACUUAACAGUGAUGUCUAUCACUUCUUGUUGCUAUCUUAUUUUAUGAACACCAGUUUAUUAAACAAUGCAGGAAAAAUUUACCUAAUUCAGUAUAUUAGUUUCUUUUGGCCUUUUUUAAGGCUUUCUUUUAUUUUCUCUUGAUCCUAAAUUAAGUUGAUUGAAACUUGGGAGAAAAAACUAGAUUUCUUUCUCCUGUAAUCUCUAGUAUACAAAAUAUAUAAUACUCACUAUGUUACUCAUACUUCGAUUCUAUUGCCUGUGAUAAUUUUGUUAAGGAUACUUGUUUUUAUACUUUCAUCAUUAUUACUUCUCUUGGAAUGGUAUUUAGUAUUAUCAUUACUAAUGGCUAAUUUUUCUCUAAUAAUUUCCGUUUAUGCUUAUCGAUUUUUAAAAAAAUCAAAUUGUUAGUACUGGUCAGUUUGUUGUUUAUCCGUUUUGUUUACUUUUAUACUUGUUUACACACGAACGUAAACUCAUCUAGCAUGUUGGAGUUUUGGAUUCCUAUAGUAACGCUGAAAAAAUCCUGCUGUCUGAAGUUUAUUGAUUAAAGGUCAAUAUUCCUAUUUUAUUCCUUUUUUUGAAAAUUUCGUUAUAGACAGUUUUUAAGGGUAACAAAUUGUUCGUUUGACUUUUCAGGAAUUGAUCUACCAGAAGAUGCACCUAUUUACUUAAAAUACAUAUGUAGCAUAAUUUUGUUUAGUGAAGUCACUAACAAAGUACGCCUUCACUAAUAAUAAAAAUGUGGUUGGGAUACGUCUCUCCUCUUCUGAAUAUAUAAUGUUGCUUCAGGACAGUUAUGGGUCAGCACCUAAAUUAGUCAUAGGGAGUAAGAGGGUUAAAUGAGUUGACUACUUCAUUUAUCUUGAAAGUCUCAUCAACCCUGAUGGUUGGAGAAGUUCAAGCAUGGAAACAAGAAUCAUGCC